AUGAAAUUGGCCAUUCUACUGAAUUUAUUUCUGAGCUCUUUGGGUGGUGCAGCUGCUGAGGAAUUUUUGGUGACACUAAAUGAUGAUUCCCGCUCAGAAAGGUUUAUGAACUCGGUCCUCUCGAAGGACUUGAAGUGGUUCAUGGGCGGGAAAAUCAACAAACGGUUCCAAAUCGGGGAACUGAAGGGUCUGACAAUGAACUUGUCCCAUGAUGUCCUGGAUAAAAUCAAACGACACCCAUUCGUGAAGGAGGUGGUCCCGAAUAUAAUGGUGAAGGCGUUUGAGGGGGACGCCGUGGAGGAUGAAUCCUGGCUUCCGAAGAUGAAACGGCAGAGGGGGGCACCUCGACACCUGGCGCGGAUCUCUAGGAGGAUGCAAUUGCCGUACGACAUGAACAACAAGACCCGGUACAGGGACUCGUUCAAUUACUACUACGACCGGUGGGCUCAAGGUGCGACUACGAGAGCGUACAUUUUGGACACUGGUGUGAUGCGGGACCACAAGGAGUUUGAGGAUCGGGUUGAGUUUGGGACCGACUGUACGGGAGAAGGCGAGGGGGAUCUGAACGGUCAUGGGACACACGUUGCUGGGCUUGUUGGGUCCAAGACCUUCGGUGUUGCGAAACAUGUACAACUUGUGGAUGUGAAGUGUCUGGAUGCACUGGGUGCUGGGACGCUUGUUUCCAUUCUUUCGGCGCUUGAGUUCGCCGUGCAGGAUUGUCAGGAACACGAGGACUCGCAGUGUGUAUUAAACAUGAGUCUCGGGUCUGUGAAGAGUAACAUUUUGAACCAAGCGAUUAACGAGGUGGAGAAGAAGGGGAUCGUUGUAGUUGUUGCCGCUGGCAAUUUCAACAUGAACGCGUGCUGGACGAGCCCAUCGUCUGCCACUGGUGCAAUCACCGUUGGUGCAUUUGACGACCGGUUCGACACGAUUGCAAAAUUCAGCAACUGGGGGCCCUGUGUGGACAUAUUUGCACCUGGCGUCAACGUUGCCUCAUUAGUAAACCGAGACUGGCCCUCGUUUGUGAAAUACUCCGGCACCUCGAUGGCAUCGCCGAUAGUGUGCGGGAUGGUAGCGUUACUUUUGGACGAUGGCGUCCCCCCGGAGGAUAUCCGUGACUACUUGCAGGAAUUGGCGACCGACGGUGUAUUCAAGAAACGCACGCUCGUGUUCAAGCCAGGCACACCAAACUCGGUGCUGUACAAUGGGAACAAGAAACACGACGACGAGUACGAGGACGACUUGCAAUACCCACAAGUGGAAUUGGACGAUCUAGUGCAAGAACUGGAGAAUUACUCCCCACUGAACAGAACCGCUGGCGAUUCCACCAUGAAACUGGACAACGACGUAUCGCUGCCCAGGGGGCUACCCAUGAUCCUCCAGAACUUGCAGAAGAGACAGCACCCUCUCAAGAGAAGCCCCGACUGA